AUGGCGGACACCGAACACGCGGGCACUGCUACUCGUAGCAUGUCCAAGGACGAAGGUCGCCUACGCGAAUUGGGCUACAAGCAAGAACUGAAGCGCGAUUGGUCGUUGAUGCACAACUUUGGUGUCUCUUUCUCCAUCAUUUCGGUCAUCACCGGUAUAACGACGCUGUUCAGCUAUGGAUUGAAUACUGGCGGACCGGGCGUCAUGUCCUGUGGCUGGCUUGUUGUCUCAUUUUUCACCAUGUUCGUUGGUCUGGGGAUGGCUGAAAUUGUCUCAGCGAUUCCCAGCGCCGGAGGCCCCUAUUUCUGGGCUGCAAUCCUGGCACCCAGGAAAUGGGCUCCUUUUGCGAGUUGGGUUACAGGGUGGUUCAAUCUGCUGGGCCAGGUCGCUGUCACCACCGGUAUCACCUUUGGCUGCGCAGGACUUAUUUCCACCCUGGCGAGCAUCAAUGGUUACGAACCCACGGCAGGCAAAACCCUGGGUAUCUAUGCGGCGCUUUUGACUUCGCAUGGCAUAGUCAACUCCUUCGGCGUGCACAUUUUGCGCUACUUGAACAACACUUCCAUAGUUCUCCAUUCUUUAGGCGUCUUCAGUUUUGCCGUCGCGGUUGUCGCCAAAGCCCCUCACCAUCAGUCUGCCAAAUUUGUGUUCGCCACGUUCUAUGAUGGUACUGGUGAUCCAGGCUGGUCGGUUAGGGCAUCUUCCGCCUACGUCGCCUGUAUCGGUAUCCUGAUGUCUCAAUAUACAAUUACUGGUUUUGAUGCUAGUGCGCAUCUGUCCGAGGAAACCCAGAAUGCAUCCUGGUCGGCGCCCAUUGGAGUCCUCAUGUCGAUUGGCUGCUCCGCUGUCUUCGGCUGGUUUCUCAUCCUCUGUCUUCUGUUCAGCAUCCAGGAUUUCCAGGCCACAGUCAGCUCAGUGUACGGUCAACCGGUUCUUCAAAUUCUGGUCGAUGUGUUUGGCAAAACUGGGGCUAUCGUGCUCUUCGUUUUAGUUAUAUUCUGCGUUUGGCACUGUGGCCUGUUCAGCUUGACUUCCAACUCACGAAUGAUGUUCAGCUUUGCUCGUGAUGGCGGCAUCCCUCACUUCUUCCACAAAGUGGAUGCACGAUUCCGAAGUCCCAUCCGCACCGUCUGGCUCGCUGCAUUUCUGGCUUUUCUUCUGGCAGUACCCAGUCUCGGAUCAUCUGUCGCAUUCGCUGCGGCAACUUCGAUCGCGACCAUCGGCCUCUACAUAUCGUAUGGGCUUCCUAUCUUGAUCGGCAUGGUGAAUCCACAGGGCUUUAUUCAUGGGCCUUUCAAUCUCAAGUGGGCCUCACGACCUGUGGCACUGAUCGCAUGCCUGUGGAUUGGUUUCAUCACCAUCAUCUUCUGCCUGCCUGAGCUCAACCCUGUCAACUCGCAGACGCUCAACUAUACUCCUGUCGCCGUCGGUAUCAUUGCGGUAUGGUGUCUUGCCAGCUGGUUCUUGUGGGCGAGAAGAUGGUUCAAGGGUCCCAUUCGACAGGUGGAGGCCGAGGUGGCCGGGGUCAAUGUGGACGACCCUGAUGCGAUGGACCGAGCUGAGAGGGAAGGGAGGAUCCCUGAACUCGAGGAGCCUGUUGGCAACGAGAAGAGCAUACUGGCCACUAUGAAGCAGAAUUACAAUUGA